ACCCCGCCACAAAUGGAUGGACACGUGUAUUCGAGAUCACAUCACGUGCCCCUCCCCCUAAUCCGGUUCGUCGAUUCUGAUAUCUGAAUCUGAUUCUCUAAAUCAGUAACAGCUUCAAUAACUGACUAGACGACGACGAAGAAGAAGAAGAAGAAGAAGAAAUAUGGAAGAGAAGUCUAAUGGCGGUGGCGUCUACGUAGAGAUCAACAGCAACAAACGUGAAUGUAGUAAUGACACACUAUACACCGUUCUCAGCCGUAUGAUCUCUUUCAUCCUCUUUCCCGACGCCGACUCUGCUACUCCGCUGCCGCUGCUGCAACGGAUCAAAACUUCCCUGGCUGAGAACGCUCCACUGCUUCCCGAUGCUUCGAAAAACACCGCCAGGCAUAUUCUUCUCUGGACUCGGAGGGGUAGCCCUCUCCGUGCUCUUCUCGUUAUAUCAGUGGGGACAAUCACUCUACUUGCCUUGACUGGAUUGCUCCUCUUUAUGGUUUUCUUUCUGGUUGCAACUUUCAAUGCCAUUGUUAUCUCUCUUCUCAUAUCAUUGGCAGCUGCAGGAGGAUUUCUGGCUCUUUUUCUCGCUGGUGUGACUGCUAUAUACAUCGGGGCAUUGUCUAUAGCUGUUUUUGUGAUUUCUGCAACAGCUAUUUCUACUACUAUAGCAAUUCUGAUAGCUACAGGUUGGCUUGGAUUUUUUUGUACUGUGUGGUUGGCAACAAAGAAAAGCCUUGGACUGGCCAAACACUCUCUGAAUGUGACUGGCUCUGCACUUUCGGCUUACUCUUCUUCUAGGCAAGCUCGCCAGCAUCCUGUGGAAGACAAGGGUUCAGAAUAAAGGGUUAGAACAACUGAAAGUCCAUGUUUGUUUCUUGAUUGUACAUGUUUAUUGCUUGGUUUGUACAUGUUUGUCGCUUGAUUUUUUCAUGUUGGAUUUCAUGGAAGCUGCUAGAUAUAUAUAUUAUAUGUGUGGGUGGAAACUUGAAACCUAUGAAUUCGUCUAGUGCUAGUUCCCAAGAUCACCUACAUUCUACCAUCAUAUUUUCCUGCUUACAUUGUACUGUUUUGCUUGCUUAACCGUUCAUAUGAAGCAAUGUAAAAGAUGGAAAAUACUUUUUCUAA